AUGAUGGUGUGCAUGUUGAGCGUGCUGCAGCGGGGUUCCGUGUUUGCCGCGCGGCUCCGAAACAAGUGCUGGGCGUCUAGUUUGGCGGGUUUUUCAGUCAGAUACUACAGCACCAAGACGGCCCCUCACAUACCGGGCAUGGAGUACCAGGACGCCAUUUGCACUCUGAACACACUGCAAACCAAUGCCAGCUGUCUGGAGCAGGUACGACAGGAGCGCAGCAACCCUCAGCUGCAGCUCCAGGCCAUGAGAGGCUUCCUGGAACGAGCCGGCCUCACAGUGGAGGAACUCGACCACCUCAAUAUCAUUCAUGUGACGGGAACAAAGGGCAAGGGGUCAACAUGUGCGUUCACUGAGCAGAUUUUGAGAAGUUAUGGCUUCCGCACAGGAUUUUACAGCUCUCCACAUUUGGUACAAGUCAGGGAGAGGAUUCGAAUCAAUGGACAGCCCAUUGGAAAAGAGCUCUUCACUAAAUACUUCUGGCAGGUUUAUGGACGGCUGGAUGAAACUAAGGAAGCCCAUGGAGGAACGAUGCCGGCAUACUUCCGCUUCCUCACCAUCUUGGCCUUCCAUGUGUUUCUGCAGGAGAAGGUGGAUUUAGCUGUAAUUGAAGUUGGAAUUGGUGGCGCUUAUGAUUGCACCAACAUUAUAAGGAGGCCGUGGGUGUGUGGCAUCUCCUCUCUGGGUAUAGACCACACUCAGAUUCUUGGGGACACCAUUGAAAAGAUCGCCUGGCAGAAAGGAGGCAUCUUCAAGCCAGGGGUUCCUACCUUCACAGUCAAGCAGCCAGAGGAUGCCAUGGUUAUGCUCAGGAGCAGAGCCAAAGAGAUCAGAUGUCCUCUGUGGGUGUGUCCAGAUCUGGAAGACUACCAGGCAGAUUGUGGACCUUUGCGUCUGGGCCUGGCAGGCCAGCACCAGCGCUCCAAUGCCUCCCUGGCCCUCCAGCUGAGUCACACUUGGCUGCAGAAAAGAUGUCUACCAGAUAAAAGCUUCCCCUCCACCCAUGUUGAGAACACAGCUGUACUUCAGGCCACUUCCUUUAAGCCCAGCCCCAUCAUGGUGAAAGGGCUGGCGGACACAGAGUGGCUAGGAAGGAAUCAGACUCUGAAACACGGAGCAGUCACCUACUUCUUGGAUGGAGCUCACACCAUGCGCAGCAUGCAGGCCUGCGUCCACUGGUUCAGAGAAACUGCAGCCCAGCAUGAGAGGACUGCAAGUGGACCUGUGGUCAGAGUGUUGCUGUUCAAUGCCACAGGAGAGAGAGACUCUGCAGCCAUGCUCAAACUGCUGGUGCCGUGCCAUUUUGACUUUGCUGUGUUCUGCCCAAACAUCACGGAAGCCAUCGCGUCUUGUAAUGCAGACCAGCAGAACUUCAAUGUGUCGGUGGAGCACAUGUUGACCCGCUGUCUGGACAACGAGAGGAGCUGGCAUCUCCAUAACCGCCCGGGGGACAACAGAGGUCCCCAGCUGCUGAUCGAGACCAGCUUGCCCCUGGUCCCUGAGAAGAAAGCAGACACCUUGGUUUUCCCCUGCAUCCUCAGCGCCCUCCAGUGGAUCACCCAGGGCAGGGACUCGGUGCUGGCUGACGCCGCCAAGAGAGUCUUACCAGUCAAACCAAGCGUCAUGGCCAAAGCUGCUCCGCUCUGCGACGCCGCAGAGAUCCACGUCCUCAUCACAGGAAGCCUCCACCUGGUGGGAGGAGUCCUCAAACACCUCGACCCCGCCUCGUCCAAGUAAACGGAGCGUGUGAAAUUGAAAAAAAAUUAAUUCAAACCGUGAAAUAAUGGGAUGUUCUGUCAACACGCACAUCUACCUUGAAAUCCUUUCUUUCUGUAUAGAUGAGGUCAUAGUGGCAUAGGCUUUUUUUGGACGGUGACUUUAAGGACUUAGCUGCACCCAAGUAUUGUUAUUGUCUUGUAGCUUCCCUGUAGUGGCUGAGGCUGGGAGCCUGCUUGUUUUGGACCAAGGCAGCUCCAGGCCUUACAACAGCUUCACCCAGAGCCUUACAGACGAGCACACACACGUGGAGCUCGCGUCUUUAGUCUUACUUGAAGCCAAAUAUGUUUACAACGGGUAUGUUCAUGUACGCCACAGUGUGAGCUGAGUUGGCUGAACUGGAGCUGUGUGUGUGCCUCAGUGAUGGCAGAAGCCACCAGGAUCAACCUGUCAGUGGUGUGGUGGUUAUCACAUUACAUUUAUACAAAAACUGUAGAUUAACAGCACCAAAAAGUGCUACUGGAGUUGGGAGUUUUUCUGGUUUUUACUUUCUAUUUGAAACACUUGACUAUUACAUGUCACAGUCUUUUUUAAAUGAAAUCCAUUUUGCACGGUUUCUACUUUUAUUUUGCCAGGGUUUGACGAUGUGUUUCACACACAUGCCUGCUAAUUUGUUUUUGUAUAAGUGUACAUAUUCUAACACUUAUGUUGUAAUCAGAUGUAACUAAAUCAAAUUUUGUGUAAUUGGGUUUACAUUGGAAUUAUAUUGAUAUUUAAAUGGUUCUUAAAGGUCCAGUGUGCAGGAUUUAGUGGCAUCUAGUGGUGAGAUCACAGAUUGCAACCAGCUGAAACUCUUCCCAUGUGCCAAACGUGUAGGAUAACUACAGUGUGCGACAGGAAAAUGUGAAUGUCCCUAUCUAGACCUAGUGUUUGAUUGUCCAUUCUGGGCUCCUGUAGAACUAACAUGGUGGACUCUGUGGAAGAGGACCCGCAGGAGGCUUUGCGCCCAUUUUCAUAGUGGCCAAACAGCAGUACUCCAAUUUCCAGGGUUCAUUACGUGAUACCAUUGUGCCCAAAAAGACUUCUCCCUUUGACUUACAGAAGCUGCUUUUACACAGAGAUGGCGAUAUAUAAUACCUUACUUUAUACCAUACCUGCACUUUUCAUAGAACCAAACAACAAUGACAUCAUUCCGCUCCAGUGUGUUUUUAUACACUGCAUCACAGCAUCCUGCUAUCAAGGGAGGCAUGAUGAGCGUGACGUCUGUUUCUCGCAUGACUUAAAACAUAUGCAUCAGCAGCACUUUAUAAACAAUAUCAAUAUUAAUGUGUCAAUCUCAAUCGCUUACCGUCUCUGUUAUAUGGCAGCUGUUGUCGUAGCUCCUGGACCCUCAUUGUUUUCCCAGUUUGGGAACAUUUAUGGCUGCUGUUCUUCUAAUUUGAAUUAGCCGCAAUGCUAACAGCUGCUUUUUAAACUUCCCACAGUGGGUCGCACACAUAAACACGUCGUCAAUACGUCACACUCAUGCCACCCACGAUCAUGGCAAUUUUACAAUUUUUGAACAUCAAAACCUCCACAAAUGACUUGUUUCAUUAUCAGGGUUUAAUCUAUUCAGUUUGAUAAUAUUUCGAAAGUCUAAAAGAGCCAAAAGAUUAAGUUAUUUGAUCCUCAUUCAAGUUAGCGGAGUACUGAACUGGAAGUCAAGCACUCCGCUGGCUCUGAGUCCAGUAAUGCAGAAGCAGCGCUGAUCAUCUGGGUAAUUUGAUACAGCGGCGGUUAGAUCAGUUUUGCUUCAUGAAGCACUGAACAGCUUCCAUAGGAAUAAACAGGGCCCUGCCUUCAGUGCUGUAUCCAUGUCUCUUUAUAUAUCCACGGGACGCGCUCUGUAUAUAGAUAUAAAUGGCUCAUUCUAAGUUAACAAAAACACAACAACUAUUAGUUUCAGGUGAUUAUAAACUAAUAAAAGUAUAGUUAUGAAUAUAAUACUGCAUUUCUGCUAGUAGAUGCCCAUACAUCCUACACACUGGACCUUAAAUGCAAAUGAAUGAUAUUUAAAUUGUCUGUACUACAUACAGGUAGUGUAUGUAUUAAAGUGAGAGAUGUUGAAACUGUAUAAAAUACACUUUUCAUCAGGGUCUUAAUGUCUUGGUGAUGGAUUCAGAAGUCUGAAGCUUCACAGGUGGUUCAGACACGUCCUGUAACCCUGUGACCCCAAAUGAGUUUUAAAGUAUAAAAUAAACCUCACAGACUUUUUUUAAUGUUCAUGCGGACCCAUCGAGACACAAAGCACUUAAAAUGAACUUGUCACUUGUAAGUAGUGAAGAUGAAAUCUGCUGUCCUCUUAAAUAGGAGUUGAAUAAAAAAAAUAUGAAUAUGGAA